ACGGAAAACUGGUUCUAUCGAAUUGCAGACAGUUUCAGGACGUCAACACGUGUUGGUUACAGAAGUUAGGAAGCGCGGCUAUGCGCUGGGAUGAAACGAAAUGAGAAGAUUGUACCACCAUGCAACCCCCAGGAGCUCGUUCUCUCCCUCGCCCAAUCCAAAAGAGCGAGAUGGAGGGAUGUUUCAGCCCCUCUGAUUCUUCUCCAAACAUCAGUGGAGGACAUUUCAGAUCCCAAGGGUGGAGACGAAAAUACAGAAUGGUCCGAAACCACAACCACUAUGACAACUACACUAGAAUCAGAAGCUCAAUCUCUUCGCGUAGCCUUAAAAACGCCAACAGUUCAGAGUACAAAUUCUGUAGGAGCCGGACAUCCACUAGGACGUCCACAAACAUUCCGACAGAUGCCAUAUUCUGUUUCCUCUCCAAACAAACCCCAAUGUACUGCCAACUGUCCUCCAUCCCAGGGACCCACGUGUAAACCUGCUACCUGGUCUAGUUGUACUUGCCGCAACAAAUUCUUUACUAAUCUAGAUAAAUCUCAAAGAUGUGACAUAUGUCUUGCCAAGAGCAUCAGUGAUAGCCGGGUUAAAAAUCAAACCAAAGAUCAUGCUCAGAAUAUUAAAAAAGAGUUGUCGGACCAAAAGAAAGCUUUCUCAAAGAACAGUUUUGCGCGGUCUUCUCGCGAGUCGUCUUUGCUCACGGAAGUGUUGUCAUGGCGUCGGACUAAUUACUCCGCUUUUAGAUUUUUUACAUUUUACCUGGUUUUAAUCCAGCCUACUGUAUAUGGAAGUGAAUCACCAGAUCGGGAAUGCUGUGAAAAUCCGCUGUAUACUUUUGAUAAUCCAGAACGAGUAGUUACCACAUUUUCACCCCCCGCUCUGACCUACAGACCCCCUGAAGAACCUGAUAUUUACCCAGAAGUUCCUGAUUUACCAGGUGUGUUGCUGCCUACCCCUGCCACUGGUAGCUUGAGCUGCCUACUAGCAAGACAGCUGUGUUUAGAGGAUUCAACAUGCUCACAGAUUCUUCAAGUCAUUCCCCGGGUUUGUGGCCUUGAACAAGUUGUCUGUUCGACGAUCACAGUAAGCAAGUGCCAGGCUGCCCUCAGAACAUUGAGAAGCUUCCCAUACUUUAAUCCUACCUGUCUCUGUAAGCCGCCAACAGCUGAUGAUCAUCAGUGCAAUGAUUUUAGUGAAUUAUUAUUCGAUCAUCCUUGCCUCAAUACUGCCCCGAGAUCUGAUGACCCGUACCCUGUAGACGCUUUACCGUACUGUACACAUGCAGAGGAUGUUUGUAAUAAUGAUAAAUCUUGCAAGAAUAAGGUUGUCACCUUCCAGCGAGUCUGUCAAACGGAAAAUGAUAAAUGUGUCAUGGACGAAGUAAGUUCAUGUCACUUGUCCUGGCAAAAUCUACGACAAUCCCCUAUAUUCGGUUGCAUUUGUCCGGCUAAUAUGCCGAAUAAGAAGCGCUGUGACCAGAUCUUUAAGCUUGUGAAUGGAAAUCCUUGUAUCGACGCACAAAUACCAGACUCCAUCCGACCAACCUUUUCCAAUCUGGCGGAUGCCGCAAUAUUUUGGGAAUUUUACUACCGUGGGUUGCCAGGUUACUCGAAAACCGGUUCUUCCGGGCCCGAGACACGCCGCACCACACGGGAAGUAUAUGUUACGAGCGGAACAGCUGAUUCCACGACACCCUGGUAUAUUCCCAGUGUGUCGGACAGGGAGUACAACGGUUCUCGUCAGCCUACGCUACAAGAUCAAGAGAUUAUAAACAUGCGCAGCACCUGCCAUCUAGCGCUGGAUAACUGUGAACGGGACGCGGCAUGCAGGCCUUACUUGGAUUCUGUCAAGUCUCGAUGUGUUGAUUCCUGUAACAGGGAAAGGUAAGUCAAUAAAAUGUAUAUUAAAGGGAA